ACCAGUAGGACCCACACACAGCCCAUGCGCACGCUGUCUUACCAAAACAAAACCCAUCUAUCAUCGACCCGAUGGUAUUAACCGCCCUUGACCUAACCCUAACCCAACAAUACCCUAUCUAUCUAUAGUUCCAUACCCAAAACACAAGAAGAAGACCUUCUCUCUUUCUCAUCACCUAGCUUUCGCUUUUUUUGUUGUUCAUUUCUCCCAAAACUUUAACCAGCAGCUCUCUCUAUCUUCUUAGGAUAGUAACUCGCUGCACACUUCGAAAUUAUAGCUUCAAGAAAAAAAACACAUAGAGAGAGGGAAAGAGAUCAAGAUGGGCUUGAUCCAGUUAUAUGUUUUGGUGGCUGAUGCUUAAGAGACCCAUCUCUUUCCAUCUUUUGUGAAGGUUUCUGUUGGAUUUAAUCCAUUUACAGGACAACCAAAGAAAACAAAUCCAAAAAGGAAGCGAAGGGACAAAUCAGGAACCAGCCAAGAAUCUCUCCACAGCUCUCUCUCAAUUUCUUGGGCUAGUUUUUGCAUGUUUCAGCUAAUUUAAUUAGGUUUGCUUUCAAGAUACCAAAAAAAUGGAUCCGGUUUCAGCUCAUGGGCGUCCUCUUCCUCCUCCUUUCCACACAAGAGAUUUUCAUCUACAUCAAUUUCAACACCACCAACAGCAGAAUUCUGAAGAUGAACAAAGUGGUAACGGUGACUUAAACCGUGGUCAAAAGAGAGAGCACGAUGAAAUCAACAAUAACAACAACACAGUUGAAGGCCUUGAAUUGGUCCCUUCAAGCAGUGGUGGAGAAGGAGAAAUCAGUAGAAGACCAAGAGGUAGACCUGCUGGGUCUAAGAACAAGCCUAAGCCACCAAUCAUAAUCACAAGAGAUAGCGCAAAUGCCCUUCGAUCCCAUGUCAUGGAAAUCGCUACCGGUAGCGAUAUCAUGGAGAGUGUAUCAACUUUUGCAAGGAGGAGGCAAAGAGGGGUUUGCAUUUUGAGUGGAACCGGAACAGUAACAAAUGUAACACUUAAGCAACCAGCUUCCCCGGGCGCGGUGGUUACCUUACAUGGAAGAUUUGAGAUUUUAUCACUUUCAGGUUCGUUCUUGCCACCCCCAGCUCCACCAGCUGCCUCAGGAUUGACAGUUUAUCUAGCUGGUGGUCAAGGCCAAGUUAUUGGAGGAAGUGUAGCUGGCCCACUUCUAGCAUCUGGACCGGUGGUGGUUAUGGCUGCUUCUUUUGGUAAUGCGGCUUAUGAGAGGCUGCCUUUGGAGGAGGAUAUUGAGUCGCAAACACCGAUGCUCGGAAGUGGACCUUUGGGGUCACCAGGAAUUAAUAAUAUCGGCCAGCAACAACAGAAUCAGCAGCAGCAGCAACUAAUGCAAGAUCCGAAGACAUCUCUCUUUCAAGGGUUGCCACAGAAUCUACUAAAUUCAGUGCAACUUCCAGCUGAGGCCUAUUGGGGCACAGGCGGCCGCCCUCCUUAUUAGUAACAAAACAACAAACUUGUGGUUUUCUCUUUGUUUCCUGAAUUAACUUCUAAGUCAUCAAUCUCCAUUCUUCUUCUUCUUCUUGUAUGCUUUAAAAGUUAGGUAUCUUUCUAAGAUGUUGUUGAUCGUGUUGUUCAGCUGCCUUUGAUUGAAGAAGGAUGUACAAAUUUGUGGGUUUUUUUUUCGCGGGUUUGGUGUUUAUCAUAUUAGUAGCUCUUUGAUUUAGCUUGAAGAUGAAGCAGCAUAUCAUCAGGAUAUGACAUUACGAUUAUCUCUAUUUCCCUUCAUUUUCAGUUGCAGUUCUGGUAACUUGCCAAAUAAUUUAUCUUCAAUAUUCUUCAAAGGCAACCAAAAA